GCUUCAAUCUGUCAGCCGGUCUCACACAGGCUACAGGGCAGGAGGUUUCCAUGGCCGAGACCGCACUGUAACUGCAUCAUAACCACAUUGUAACUGGACUGUAGCUGACUAAAGGACCGGACUGGGUGUUGUAUUUUCAGAAACUGUGAACUUGCAGCAGUUAAAGACGACAGUGUUGCCAUGGCAUCCCUCAGGGACACUGAAGAUGCAGAUCAAGUGGUUCCGGAAGAUGACGCCACGAGUGUCAAGUCCAUCCAGUCACAUUACCUACGAAGUCCAUCCCCAAGCAGGUUCUCUGUGAUCUCGGAUACAGACACCGAGAGCAUCUUCAUGGAACCCAUCCAUCUGUCAUCUGGAAUAGCUGCCAAACAGAUCAUCAGUGAGGAGCUGAAGCCAAAGGAGAUCAAGCUAGAACCGGUGCCAGAGAGCAUGCUAGAGUCUGCAGAGCAACUGAUGGUAGAGGACCUGUACAACCGUGUGAAGGACAUGAUGGAUGACAGCAGCCCCUACAACACGCCUUGUGUGCUGGACAUACAGCGCGCUGUGGUGCAAGACCGUCUCGAGGCCCCUUUCAACCCUGUCGACGAGGUGUGGCCCAACAUCUUUAUCGGAGAGAAAUCUGUGGCCGUGAAUAAAUCCCGUCUUAAGCGGCUGGGCAUUACACACAUCUUAAACGCAGCCCAUGGCACUGGGGUGUACACAGGCCAGGACUUCUAUGCCGGAAUGAACAUCCAAUACCUGGGCAUUGAGGUAGAUGACUUUGUAGAAGCAGACAUCUCUCCACACUUGCGAGGGGCUGCUGAAUUCCUGGAUGAGGCCUUGCUGACACAUAAAGGGAGGGUGCUGGUGAACUCAAUGAUGGGGGUGAGCCGAUCUGCUGUGUUUGUUGCCGCCUACCUCAUGAUCUUUCAUCACAUGACCAUUAUGGAGGCAUUGCUUGCACUAAGGAAGAAGAGGCCAAUCAACCCCAAUGAGAGCUUCUUGAAGCAGCUGCGAGAUCUGAACGAGACCCUGCUGGAGGAGAGGGAUGGGGACAGAGAUGACGGCAGCGACACACUUAGCCAGGGCUCUGUCAUUGAGGUCCGCCCACGCGAACAGGGGGAGACGCAGAGUAUUCUGGGAGCUAAGGUACACUCCAUAAUGGCAGAAGAGGAAGAGGAUGGCAAAAGUAUGAUCAGCAGUGUGAUGUCAUCACAGAGACCCACACACCUGGAUCCGCACCAGGAGGACCAGAGCGAAGAGGCAGAAGCAGUGCUGCCAGAAGAAUGGGAUGAUGAGGACAACGAUCUGGACCGUGCGAUCCGUGAGUGGCAGAAGAGGAAUGAGAAGUAUCAGAGUGAAGAGUGGUGGCAGACCCAGCUGAUGUGUGAGGACAAAGAAUCCAUCUUAGGCGGGAGCCACCUGGCUGAGGACCUGGAGAGCAUCAGCAGCAAAGAUAUCCAAGCCCUGAAAGAGCAGCUGGGAGCUGGUCAGUCCCGUCGCCACCAGGGCACAGAGUCCAUCUGUAGUGAGGACAGCAGCAGUAGCUGUGCAGAUAUGUGGAAGCGCCGACUGAACGACAUCGAGAGGCAGGUGGCUGCCCGUUACAGAGGCCGACACGAGGAAGAGGACCAAAGUGAAGACAGGGACAGGGAGGACGAUGAGGAGAGCGUACUCUCAGAGUCUGGAUCCUCGCUCUUCAAUUUCUGCAAGAAAAACAAGGACAAGUUGACACCAUUGGAGAGGUGGCGAGUGAAGAGGAUCCAGUUCGGCUGGAACAAGAAAGACUCAGAGGCAGAAAAGGCAGGGUCGGAGGAGCAGGGUGGGGCCGAAGGAGAGGAUCGGAAGACCCCCGCGCCAGAUGAGGUUAAUCUCACAGCCUAUCAAAUCUGGAAGCUGAAACAGCAAAAGAAACUAGGAUUGGAGAACGAAGAUGAGAUAGUGGAACUGGCUAGGGGGGAGGACUCGGCUUCGGUGAAACGGAAGCAGCGGCGUGAGGAGAUCCUGGAGCGCUCGCGACAUACGCUGGAGGAGAGCCAGUCCAUGUGCAGCUGGGACGCAGAGAGCUCGCUGAGCGCGGGCACCAUCCCGCUUUCCGCAUUCUGGCCUGCGAUGACCAGGAGUGCGGCGGGUGAUGACACUGCCUCCAUGCUCAGCAUGCAGAGUGGCCGCUCUUCGACCGUGUCUCAGAGCCGCAGUUUGCAAUCUACGCCUCAAAUGCCACCCAUGGUGCCCGCGGCUCCUUUACCAAACAUACAAGGGCCUGGCAAUGAGAUGCUGAACCUAGCUAGCAUCCAGAACUGGAUUUCCAAUGUUGUAGCAGAGACUCUUAUCCAGAAACAGAAUGAAAUGAUGAUGCUAGGAGGGAGUUUGCCUCCAUCGCGGGCAGGGUCUGUUCUCAGCCUUGGGGUAAAGUCAGGGCAACCCCAGGAUGAUGACAAGGUGUCCUUGCUGAGCGGGGCAUCAUCCACCCGCUCACUGUCUAGGGCUGGGGCCAAUUCAGUGCUCUCUUUAGGUGGAACUUCUGGUACCUCCGUUACAGGUUCCCGUAAGGGCCGCAUCACCACAACAAGCGUGCCCCUCUACAGUCUCUUCCAGGAUGAGGUUGACCUGCAAAAGCUGGACUCCAUAGAUAAAGACAUUAAAUCCGAGAUGAAGGACAAGAUGGCAGCCUAUGAGCUGAAGAAGAUUACAGAGGACAACAAGCGUAGUACCCUCUUCAAGAAGAAAAAAACUAAAGAAGAUGAGGAUGGUGAGGAUAAUGAAGUGAGAGGUACUUCACAUCGGCAACCUGACCAUACCCACAAGAAACCUGAAAGGGCAAUACUGGAUGCACCAAGAAGACUGAGUAGCAUGGUUCUGGAUGGAGAUAAGACCAGCAGCAUUGACAAGUGGCUCAGUGGCAUCUCAGCUCCUUCCAGGAGCUCCAUGUCCCACAGCACAGACAGUCUUACACAUCGGGCCACCACAGAGUCUGUCUCCAGCCGGAGGAGGGAUUUCCGGGAGAGCUCAUCUAAUGGUGGGGGAGAGGAGUAUGGUCAUGGCGUAAGAUUCUCCUCUAGAUCUAUGAAGGAUCCAUUCUCUGCAAGCAGACUCCAAGCCUCUGAAACUGACCUCUGCAGCGGUCCCAGUUUAGAGUCAUCCUAUAACAAAAGAAAGUCAGCCCUGGAGAAAGAACAUUCAGCAAAUGGCCUGUUGGAAUCCCACAGCUGUGGAACACGUAGAUCUUAUGGCAGUGAUGAGGACCAGGAAGAAGAAGAGGACAUACAGGAGUUUUCCGCAAAAAAGAAGUUUUCCCAUUGCGCAGGGUAUGAUGCGGGAGACACUGAGGUGAAGAAAGGAAGCCGAGAGGAGGAUGAAGAAGAAGAUGAAAUAUCCUCCUUCCUUAGCAGGUCCAGGCUAAGAUCCAGGGCUGUGGUGGAGGAGGAACUGCAGGACGAGGACGUCAUAACAUCCUGGAGAAAACAGCUGGAAUCAAAGUCAUAUUCAUACAGGGGGAGUGAAUCUUAGCGCACUGUCUUCUGAAAGGGCAAAUUAAUUUCUUCUUCAACAUCUACAUUCUUCAGAUGUUAAAGUACAACAAAACUGCUAUUCCACAUAACCACUCUUGCUAGCAUGUCAUCUACAUUGCACCAAUUGAAAAAUUGCAUUUACAAUCUAAAGAGCUUUUAGAUAUCUUAAAAACCCUGUUCAUGAUCGCAAGUAUUGAUACAUCUGUCUGGUGACAUUUCUCACCUGACACAUUAUGAUCUGCAGGAAUAUUGAAAAAGACUCCCUGCUAUUGCACUAGCUUAAGGAAAACCAGAAAAUAGGUAUAAAAACAAACCCUGAUUGAUAAAUUCUAGAUGAGCAGAAUAAUAUCAGAUGUUCAAGUCAUGAAUCCAUGCUGAUAUUUUGUAAUUCCAUUCUAAACACAAGAUUAAUAUUAUGAACACUGGACAUGAAAAUAAAUUCUGAAUCAAAAUGGAAAUUUCAAAAUUUCAGAAACUGAUUGCUUAUCUCUUCCUGCAUGUUAAAUUCCUUUUCAUGGCUGGAGAAAUGGGUGCCUGUCUAGCUGAUGCAGGCUGGCUUUUUCAGUAUCUGAACAGAACGAUUUAAAGUCUAUAUUUGUUGUAUGAAGUAGGUAUAACACUGAGACACAGCAGCCAAUCCUUACAAUCCAUUCUGUAAAUAAAUGCUGAUUUAACACAUGUAAUAAUUUUAAAUAUAGUCUGCAGAGACUAAUGAUCCAUAUUUGUUGUAUCAUUAGCCCAUGUGUUUCCAAACUGAACGUUUUGUAUUAAAUUCUGUCAUAGCAGUAA